GAUUUAAUACAAGCAUAUCAAGAUCAAUACGAAAAUAAAUUUAAAGAGUUAGAACUACUUGGAACAUUUUUAAAAAUCUUAAAACAAGCAGAUAACGUGCAGAAUUCUUUCUCAAAUUCGAUAAUAAUGACGAGCGUUAAUCAAUCAAAAUUAAUUAUUGAUAAGAUUCAAAAUACUAUAGGAGAAUUAACUGCAUCAAAUGUUGCUGACAAACUUAAUGAAAACUUUGCAAAUAUAUCGUCCUCAUCACAAUCAAGUAAUUUAGAAAAAAUCUCCAACAAUUCUAACGAAUCAGCUUCAGAUAAUUUAUCAUCUUUUAAAUUUAUCUUGGAUUUAUUUCAAUAUUUCUUUAAGCAAUUUGAUAUAUACGAGAAACAUGAUUUAAUAAGGCCUAACUUAAUUAAUUAUUUUCAAAAUAAUAACAAAAAUCCGGGAAUUGUUCUUAGUCAUUUAAUCGAUCAUAAACAUCAUUUUUUAUUUACUGGUAUUAUUGGAUUCUUUUUUCAAUAUGGAAUUGGAACUACAAUUAAUCAUCAAAGAGCGAUUGAAAUGUAUACAAAAGUGACAGAACUUAAGGAUACAUUUGGUAACGCUCAAUCUAAUAACAAACGCCUUAUUUGA